AUGGAAAAUCAUGAAGUAGAAGAAGUUAAUGAGGAUCAAAUAUUAUGCUUAUACAUAGAUACGAAAAAAUAUCAGAAAAGUUUAGGUGUAUGUUUUUAUAAUUAUUUAAAAUAUGAAUUUUUAAUGACAGAAUUUAUUGAUAAUGGACAUUUUACAGCUUUAGAAUCUUUAUUCAUACAGAAAAGACCACAAAAGUGUUUUUUUAAUAGUACUAAUGAUUUAGUUGAUGAUGAAAGGCUUUUAAAUUUGUUUAAAAUUUGUAAUGUUCAAGCUAUUCCUUUAGAAAAGAAAAAGUAUGAUGCAACUAAUUUAAAAGAUGAAUUAAAGCUAAUUAUAUCUCAUAAUGAUGAUGUAAGAAAUUAUGAUAAACAUUUAGAAUUAGAAAAUGCAUGUAAAUGUUUAAUGGUUUUAAUUAAUUAUUUAAAACUACAAGAAAAUCAAGAUAUACAUAAUCAAUGUAAAAUUAAUAUACAUAAUAUGGAUUUAUAUAUGAGAUUAGAUAAAGCAGCUAUUAGUGCAUUAAAUAUCCUUCCAAAUAAAAAGAAUACACAUAGUUAUAAUACUAAUACAAGUUUAUUGAAAUUUUUAGAUAAAUGUAAUACUUCAAUAGGUUCGAAAAAAUUAGUAUCAUGGUUAACACAACCAUUAACUAAUGUUGCAGAAAUAAAUAAAAGAUUAAAUAUUGUUGAAUUUUUCAUAAAAGAAGAUGAUGCUCGUAAUGUUAUUUUUUGUAAUUAUUUAAAAAGGAUACCAGAAUUAGAUAAACUUAAUCAUUAUUUAAAAGAAAUAAAUCAAAAUAAUGAAAUUCGAGUAAAUUCUAAAUAUAAUGAAGAAAUGAUUUUAAAAGACAUUGUAAAAAUGUAUUAUUCUAUUUUAGAUUUUAAACAAAUUUACUUUACUUUAAAACCUAUUAAAGGAAAAAACAAAGAAACUAUAGACGAAAUCAUUAUAAAUCCUUUACAUGACAUUUUGAAUAAAUUUUCUAAAUUAUUAGAUAUGAUUGAAAUAACUAUAGACUUAGAAGAAGUUCAAGAAAAUAAAGUUUAUUUAAUUUCGACAAGAUUUGAUAGUGAAUUAGAAAUUAUUGCUAAUGAAAAAAAUGCAUUAAUGAAGAAAAUCAAAAAACAUAAAGAUGAUGUAGAAAAAGAUAUUUUUGCAGAUAAAUAUGACAGAACUUAUAAA